UUGGGGCGAGGCCGGAGCCGGCGGCCGCCACAUGAGUCCCCGCCGCCGCGCCCGGCCGGUGCCCGCCGUGCUCCUCCUCCUCCUCCUGCUGGGGCUGGGCCGGGGCAGCGGGGAGGCGCCAUCAGCAGGUAGAAACUGUAGCUUUUUGCAGGAAAUGGAUGUCAUCCAGAAACAGGAUGAAAAGUGUUACUGCUAUGUGCAAAACAGAACCAUUCGCUUACAGUACAUCUGGUCGACUCUUCAGGUGAAAGUUAACAGCACAGAAAUGUUCAGGUUUGAGCCUAUGUCAGAAAAAAGCAACUGUCGUAAUUCAGAAACUGUUUUUGAGUUUGCUGCCUGUGCUGUUCAAAUCUUCUGGAAACCAGAGACAUCUAAAGAAACUUUCAUAAGCAUAAAACAAUAUGGAGAAGAUAUUUGUUUCAAAAUACAGCCCUUCAAAACUGAACCAUACACUGUGAGUGUGAAGCGAGAAAUGCUAGAUGGAAAGCUCUUGGUUUUGUUUGUAGCUGGAAUUUUUCUGUUCCAUUUUGCAAACAGCCUGAGCAGGAGUACCAAGUUCUUUUACCUUUCUGGAAUAAUACUGGGUGUUCUUGCUCUGCUAGUUUUUGUCCUGCUGACACUAAAAAGGUUUAUUCCAAGGCACAGUACCUUCUGGAUCUUAAUGAUUGGCUGCUGGAUGUCCUCUCUCUAUUUUAUUUACUGCUUCAAAGAGAAUAUGCAGUGGUUGUGGUCUGAACACAGAAACUACUUGUUGGGGUAUUUCCUGGCUGUUGGAAUUGCCAGCUUUGCCACAUGCUAUCAGCACGGACCGCUUACCACUGAAGUGAGCAUAACCUUGUUUACGUGGACGCUACAAUUAACAGCCUUUGUCUUGAUUUAUUGUGGUGUCACCAUACCUCAAGUGGCGUAUGCAGUGAUAGCGGUCAGCCUCUGCUCCAAAGGCCUGGGUUACCCCCUCGGUGCUGCUUGGCACAUGGGCAGAAAAGUGAAGAACCACUUUAAAUCAAAAAAGUUAGUGUUUAAAUACCUUACUGAAGAGGAGUAUCGAGAACAAGGUGAAACAGAAACUGUCAGAGCUCUGGGGGAGCUACGCUCAUUCUGCAGGAACCCUGACUUCCCAUCAUGGUUAGCUGUAUCCAGACUCCAGUCCCCACACAGGUUUGCAGGUUUUGUUCUGGGCUCUCCCCACGUCUCACCUGCAGAAACAAAGGCGCACGAUGAGGAAUACGGCAUUGGGAGCUGCUUCUUGGAAGAGCAGCUCUUUGAGACCAGGGCAGGAUCUGAGCAAGAUGAACCAGCCAAUUCCAUCCAUGAGGGAGAUGAGGAGGAUGAAGAUGAAAUGCAUAAGCAAAUUCCAUUUCCAUAUGCUACAGAGUUGCUCUGAGCUUUGGGAAAUAACCAAAAAAAAAAAGCAGGGAAAACACAUUUGUCCUAGAAAGGAAGAAUACAGACUAAGAGAUCACGCUUGGUGAU